AUGCCGCCGCGCGAGCUGCCCUCGCUGCAGCGCAUCUACGACAAGACCGUCCGCGACGGCGUCGACGCCCUCAAGGCCAAGGACCUGCGCCGUUUGUUGAGGGAGGACGAGGGCUUCGAGUGCACCGACGCAGAGUGGAUGGGCGGGCUCCGGGCGGCAGCAGUCGCACAGUGGAUGGACCUGCAGCGCGCUCGUCACGACGACGACGACCACGACCACGACUCGCCGCCGCCCGUCAAGAGGGCCAAGAAGGCCAAGAAGGAGCGCGCCACGAGCGACGACGACGAGGACGAGCCCGCGCCCAAGAACAAGUACGACCGGGCCGCCGAGCGCAACUUGGGCAUCUUCAUGAGCGUCCCAGACGUCUUCGGCGGCGCGAUCGGGGCAGGAGCAGGCGACCUCGGCGAGAUGGACCUGUGCGACGACGAUUCGGACGAGUCGUCCUCGGAGGGCUCUGCGUCGCCUUCCGCCUCGCCCGAGCCGCCCAAGAAGCGCCGUCGCAAGUCGUCUGCCGCUUCAAGCGACGAGGACGUCGAGGUCGACUCGCCGAGCGCGUCCGGCUCCGGGUCUCGCUCGCCCGCGCCGUCGACGACCAAGGGCAAGGGCAAGAAGCGCGACAGCACGACGAGCUCGACGUCGCAGGCGAAGAAGAUGGGCGGCGGCAAGACGGCGCGCGCCAAGGCGCCCAAGGGCGGGUUCAAGAGCGCCGAGUUCAUCGCCGACUCGGACGACUCGAGCCACGAGUUGCCGACGCGCGACGGCGAUGACGACGGCGGCCGCGAGGGCACGUCGAGGAAGGACAAGGACAAGGGUAAGGCGAGGGCCAAGGGGGCGGGCGAGGGCAAGGGCAAGGGCAAGAAGAAGGAGCGCAAGGUGCCCGAGCCCAAGGAGGGGGACGCGCCGAGGGGCACCGACGACGAGGAGGCCCGCAUCAAGAAGCUCAAGGACCUGCUCGCCGCCGCGUCCGGCCCUCGCGCUUUCACCGCCGCGACGGGCGCCGAGCGCACCCUGUCGGUCGAGCGCCGCACCGAGGUCCUCGAGGGUCACCUCCAGGUGCUCGGGCUCGCCGUCAAGAGCGGCAGGCUGCCGAGCUUGAGCAAGGCCAAGGAGGUCGGCGAGAAGAGGCUGCUCGCAAAGGAGAUGCAGGAGCUCGCCGGCAACCCGUCCAAGACCGGCCUGCGCGACGGCAAGCGCGUGCACGUCGACUCGUCCGACGACGACGGCGGCGACAGCUUUGCGGGGCCGAGCAAGUCAAAGCCUGUCGGCGAGAAGGCGCGCAUGCGCGAGGUCGUCGAGCAGCGCAAGGCGUUCGCGUCGUUCCUCGGCGACCAGAGCAGCGAGUCGGACUGA